CACGUGUCUCAUCGCAUCACCAUCGCCUCGAGUGUUCCACACGAACCGCACUUCACCUCACACCCACACUCCGUGACGUGCUCUAGGCAUCCCUCCAUCCAUCCAUCCAGUUUACGAAAAUCGGCACACACCGUGCAAACGUGCAGAGAGGGGGGGGGGGACACAUCAAUCGCACAGUUAGACUGCCCAUGGCUGCGGACAACCCACAGACACUCUUAGAUACAGAGAGAUGUAGAGAGAGACGCGCUGGCCGAUUGAGCCACGUGUGCGCGUGGGGGAGUGGGUGCCUGGCGACAGGGUAAGAGAGAGAGAGCCGGGCAUACAAAGGAAAAAGGUAAAGAGAAAGGACUGUGCCCUCGGCACAUACACCACACACCGCCAGUCAUCACACGCGCAACACAGUGGCCCAUGUGGCCAUGACGUGAUAUAUAUUGAAACGUCAUAACCGAAUAAAAGGCAGAGGCAACACGACACGCAGAACGUCUGUUGGGUACUGUUGUGUUUGUGCGUCGCUCGGGAGCGAUGCACAGGCAGGCAGGCAGGCGGCUACGAAACGAGUGCAUAUCAUCAAGUACCACGAUCAGUCAGUCCGCCCCACUCCCACAAGAUGAUCGAUCGGGAUCACUGCCACAGACACAGCCGAAACGCCCACACGACACGACACGACAUACGGAAAACUGACUGCUGCUACUGCUCCUGGGCGGCGAGUUGCUGCUUGGCGGCAUCCAGCUCUUCUUGCAGCUGCUUGUUCUUGGCCCGCAGCUCAUUGUUCUCGGCCCGCAGCUGACGGAUACAGUUGAUUACGUCUUCCAUGUCUUGGCUCUCGUUGUUCAGCGCUUGGGUCUUGUUGACCAAGGAUUGGAGAGCUUUGUCCUGUUGUGGGUCGCUGCCCUGGUCCAUCUUGUGGGAGUCGGUGUGACCGAGGGGGGGAUGGAAUCAGCACCUACACACGGUCACCAGAGACACACAGAAAGGUAGUCGGUUUCUGACAAGUGGGUGCGCAGCAGUGGCCGUGAGGUGCGGAGUGCUGUAGGGGGUGCAGCUGAGCUCACACUGGCUGCCAGUCACUGUCCCUCUCACCUUCUGCUUGGUGGUGCGGGCGGGGGGACCACAAAGAUCAAAGCGGCACGAU